GUGUGGUAGGGACUGUCAUCCUGCCUGGCCGCCCGGUUUUUGAAGAGGAGAAGUUGGCUAAGGGAUGUGACUGCAAUGAUGGCCAUGCAGCUGAAGAACGGAGAUGCAACGUACUACCAGAGUGCAGAAUACUGUAGAAAUUAUACUUCGCCGCCUGUCAGCUACGGUGACAGCAGCCAUUAUCUUGCCCGAUUGCCAGGCCCUGAGACCAUGCUGAAGCCUCCUCUGAGCCUCUUCAGCCAUCCCCAGCAGCCUUUCCAACAUAUGGACUCUCUGCACCAGCUGGGACCUCCGCCAAUGGCGCCUACGCAGGCUCUUGGCCCACCACCCAUAGCCCCUACUCAGGCAAUUGGACCACCAACUAUGGUUCCCACCCAGAAUCUAGGGCCUCCUCCAAUAACUGCAACGCACACGUUAAGGCCGCCCCCCAUCACCCCACCACACAGCUUAGCCCCUCCUCCAAUGGCCCCAGGCCCGCCGCUUAGGCUUCCACCAAUGGCACACACCUUGGGGCCCCCACCUGUGGAUCACACGCAAGCAACAGUGCCUCCAACAGUGGACCUCACACAACCACUGGGGCCUCCACCUCUGAACCCUGCACAUGCACUGGUGCCCCCGCCUGUAGUGGCACCUGGAACUGGACAAUUUCCCCUUCCUCCCAGCCCCCUGUCCUCCACUCCUGCUCCAGGCCCAGACCCUUCACAGAUGCCCCCAAGGCCUCCUGGACCAGCCCUCAUCCCUUCCCCGGUGUCCUGCCUCAUCCCUGGUCCUCUCAUGGGUCAGGCAGCCCCAGCCAGCGAGCAGCCCCAGGAUGAAGGCUCUCCGCUGGGUAUGGAAGAGCAGGAGGACUCUUUGGGACUGGGGGAACUGUGUAAACCACUGUACUGUAAACUCUGCAAUGUUACCCUCAACUCUGCUCAACAGGCACAGGCGCACUACCAGGGGAAGAACCACAGUAAAAAAUUAAGAAAUUUCUAUGCUGGCAGUCAACAGCCUCCAGCCAUCAGGAUCCCAGAACUCCUCGAGACGGCUGGCCAGACAGCCCUCAGCUCAGGAUCCAAUGACAGUGAUGCAGGCAGGCAGGCGCUGUAUAAAGGGGCGACCCGGGUGAUCUUGGCCACAGAGAAUGACUAUUGUAAGCUGUGUGACGCCUCCUUCAGUUCACCCGCAGUUGCACAAGCCCACUACCAGGGCAAGAACCACGCUAAGAAGCUACGGCUCGCUGAGGCCCAGCAGAACCCCAUUAACAUGGAAGGCAGCAACGAGGGAGCUUCAAGAAGACACAGAAAAGAUGGCAGUGAGUACAGACUGGUGAAAAACCGCAGAAGCCCGCAGUUACCUGCAUCCAUGCCAGGGCCGUACUACAACCCCAGACCGAGGCAGCGCAUCCCCAGGGACUUGGCCAUGUGUGUGACUCCCAGCGGACAGUUUUACUGCUCCAUGUGCAACUGCGGAGCCGAGCAGGAGACGGACUUCAGGCAGCAUCUGGAGAGCAAGCAGCACAAAGCAAAAGUUUCGGAGCUAAGAUACCGCCACGAGAUGGAGAACCUCGGCUACAGCUAAGAGACACGAGGAGGGAGGGGAGACAGAGAUUAGAGUGCAACAGAAUAGAGACGGUGCAAGAACAAAGUACAGGAAUGCAAAUAUACUGCCCUGUAUCUGAGAGGGGCAUAUUUAGCAAAGGAAUUAGCCCUGAUGGCCUCAAGAUCUUAUUGUAAUUCAUUUGAUACGUGGAUCAAAUAUUAUGUAAAUCCUCUUAUUUGACAUAAUGUCCUACCACAUGAAGCCAUAAUUGGAUCUGAUGGAUUUAUCUGAUCCGGGUGUGACUCUUGAAUUUCGCUCUGUAUAGUGAAGCACGCUGCUUACAUGUAUGCAGAAGAAUGUUGGCUUUUUUCAAUGUGCAAGUCUCAAGACACAAAAUUACAUUUUUGACCCGCCGCCUUUUGUUAUACUGUUUCUGGUCAACUUUCCUCGAAGGCUCUGAGUGGGUUGCUGUUUGACUCAGACAAACGCAAAUGAACUGCAAGUAAAUCUUGAGCUU